AAAAAAAAAAAAAGUGAGUGUGCUAUAUAGAUAGAUAGAAUUAGAAUUUUUACUGUGAAUGGAAUCAGGUUUUGAUGUUGACAAGGUGGUGGUUUGUGGUCAACUUCCAUUGUAUCUUCUGGUGACUUUUUUGUGAGUUGCAUGGCCAUCAUUCGCCAAGUAAGAUUUUCCAUACGAGAACCAUUGGGUAAUGUAUCUUUUGCUUUUGUAUACAUUUGCCAUACUUUACUGGCUAAUGGGUCCUUUUUCUCUUGUUCUGGGUUAUCUUGUCGAGUUGGAAAUAGUGAAUCAGAAAGUAAUUGAUCCAUAAUAGAAGGAAGUUUUUUAUUAUUGUUGUUCAAUGACAUGAAAUAAAAUAACUAGAAGAUGAAAAUAGGUUUUUCAUAUAGAGAAAAAAAAAAAGAAGAGAGAGAGAAACAAAAUAAUAUGACGCGAAAACUCUUUUUAUUGUAAGAC